GUUUUGUCUGCCCUCCAAAAAAAGAAACAAUCUCUCUCUAUACUGUUUUGAUCUCUAGAUUUAUCUAUUCAUCGUCGUCGACGCAUAUCUCCGUUAACGGAUCUCCGGCGAUACUAUCCUUUUUUUGCCAUUUUUCGGAAAAAUCCCUAAAAGGUUUGAAUUCAGAGUGUGGUUGAGUUGUUAGGGUUUGAUUCGGUUAAUUUAAUUAUCAAAUAAAGAGAAAGAAAAGAGAAAAAAUGGCGCAGAUUCAGGUUCAACCUCCUACGGUAUCUGGACCGAAUGGUGUGGCGGCCACGGCUAAUGCUAGUGGCGUUGCUGCUACGGCUGCUGCGGGCGCUGCUGCGGCAGCGGCAGCGGCGGUGGCUGGUGGUAAUCAGUCGUUUGUGACGACGUCGCUUUAUGUUGGGGACCUUGAGCUUAAUGUUACCGAUUCACAGCUGUACGAUCUGUUUAACCAAGUUGGACAGGUUGUGUCUGUAAGGGUUUGUAGGGAUUUGAGCACCCGGCGAUCCCUUGGUUAUGGUUACGUUAACUACAGCAACCCUAAUGAUGCUGCAAGGGCCAUUGAUGUACUGAACUUUACUGCUGUAAAUGGAAAGGCAAUUCGUAUAAUGUAUUCUCAUAGGGACCCAAGCAUCCGUAAAAGUGGAACUGCAAAUAUAUUUAUUAAGAACUUGGAUAAGACAAUAGACAACAAAGCCUUGCAUGACACAUUUUCUAGCUUUGGUAAUAUUCUCUCCUGCAAGAUAGCGACCGAUGCUACAGGCCAGUCAAAGGGCUAUGGCUUUGUGCAGUUUGACACUGAAGAAGCUGCUCAAAAUGCAAUUGAUAAACUAAAUGGUAUGCUGAUGAACGACAAACAAGUCUAUGUUGGUCAUUUUCUUCGCAAGCAAGAACGGGACUCCUCAUUGAGCAGGACAAAGUUCAAUAAUGUGUAUGUGAAAAAUCUCUCUGAGUCCACUACUGAUGAAGAUCUGAAAAAGACCUUUGGUGAAUAUGGAACAAUCACAAGUGCUGUCGUUAUGAGAGAUGGAGAUGGGAAAUCCAAGUGCUUUGGAUUCGUCAACUUUGAGAAUGCAGAUGAUGCGGCUAAUGCUGUUGAGGCUUUAAAUGGGAAGAAAUUCGAUGAAAAGGAGUGGUAUGUUGGGAAGGCUCAGAAGAAAUCGGAAAGAGAGCUUGAACUGAAGAGUCGCUUUGAGCAGACUGCAAAGGAAGCUGUUGAUAAGUUUCAAGGUGUUAAUUUGUAUGUCAAGAACUUGGAUGACACCAUCGAUGAUGAUAAGCUUAAGGAGCUUUUUUCUGAGUAUGGUACAAUCACUUCAUGCAAGGUUAUGCGUGAUCCUAGCGGAAUCAGUAGAGGUUCUGGUUUUGUUGCCUUUUCGUCUUCUGAAGAGGCUUCUCGAGCUCUUUCCGAGAUGAAUGGGAAGAUGAUUGUUAGCAAACCACUUUAUGUUGCACUUGCACAGCGUAAGGAAGAGAGAAGAGCAAGGUUGCAGGCACAGUUUUCACAAAUGAGGCCAGUUGCAAUGGCACCGUCAAUAAUGGCUCCUCGUAUGCCCAUGUAUCCUCCUGGUGCUCCAGGUAUGGGGCAGCAGCUAUUCUAUGGACAAGCUCCUCCUGCUAUGAUUCCUCCUCAGGCUGGAUUUGGUUACCAGCAGCAGCUGGUCCCUGGAAUGAGGCCAGGUGGGGGACCAAUGCCGAACUUCUUUGUACCGGUUGUCCAACAAGGUCAGCAAGGGCAACGUCUUGGUGGUGGGAGGCGUGGAACAGGUCCUGUGCAACAAAACCAGCAGCCUGUUCCAAUGAUGCAGCAGCCGAUGGUUCCAAGAGGAGGAAGAAUGUACCGUUAUCCUGGUAGGAAUGUGGGAGAUGGAAAUAUGGGAGGUGGUGGAGGAAUGCUUCCGGUGCCUUACGACAUGGGUGGGGGCGGCAUGCUUCCACGAGGAGAUAUACAACAGCCAAUGCCUAUUACAGCAUUGGCUUCUGCACUCGCUAAUGCAGCACCUGAUCAGCAGAGGACGAUGCUGGGCGAGAAUCUGUACCCGCUGGUGGAUCAGCUGGAGCACGAGCAUGCGGCUAAGGUGACGGGAAUGCUUCUGGAGAUGGACCAGACAGAGGUGCUGCACUUGCUGGAGUCACCAGAUGCAUUGAAGGCAAAGGUUGCAGAGGCAAUGGAGGUGCUGAGGAAUGUGCAGCAAGCGAACACCCCUGCCACACAGCUUGCUUCCCUGUCUCUUAACGAGAACCUUGUUUCUUGAGCAAGUAGAUGAGUUUGUUUAUUUUGUUUUGAUUGAAAAUAGGAAGGAGGAUGCUGAGUGUUUUUGGAAAAAACAUCAUGAGGAUGCCUUGGUAUUGCUUUUGAUGUGUGGUUUUGUUUAAUUCAAGUGCUGGCUGGGUGGCUGGACGGACUUUGUUUUUCUCAUGUCUAUUUAUAAAUCUGUUACAGAACGGAUAAUAACAUUGGCUUCUGU